GUGAAUCCUGAGCUUCAUCAGUCUCAAAGACUUAAAAACAGCUGACUGAUGUUUUUAAGAUGAUUUUUUGUUUUUGUUUUUAUUAGCGAAGUGACAGGAAACAUGGAGGAGAGGAGGAGGUCAUCAGGUCUCCUCCUCCUCCGUUCAUGUUCUCCAGGUUGUCGGGGAAACUUCUGCAAAAGUUUGAGGAUUAAAUUCUGACUGCUGAGAGACCUGAACACAUCAUCAGUGCCUCUUUUCAUGAAUCCUCAUCUCUGCCUCCUGAUCUUUAACUCAAGGUGUUUCCAGCCUCUGAAUAGAAACACAGUUCAGUUAAAUGUCAUUAAAACUGAUUAUUUUCACCAAUCAGCCUCUUCACGCCGUUUCUCCUCGCUCUGGUUUUAAAGACCGGCUCUAAACGCACCGUCUGAAUGAGAGGUUUGUUGCAGCAGGUCUGAGCCGCUGUGUGCUCGGCGGUCGGCCUGAUUUUCAUGCUGGUUGCAGCUGAACAGUCGUCAUCUUUGUGGAGCAGCAGCAGCUGACUGCCUCAUGCUGCUCUCUGACCUCUGUUUGUCUCUCUGCAGAUUUGGUGGAGAAAUGUCAGGUCAUCAAAAUCAUGAGACCAGCGCCGUGCUCAGAGUUUCCCGCCUUCCUCUGGUUCGCUCGGCGUUACAGUCGGUGACCUCGGCGUACUCUGAUGUCAAAGGUCGUUACCCCCUGCUGGGGCUGAUGGGAGGAGUCGCCGAGGUCGGAGUUCGCAGCGUCUCCCACGUUGCCAUGAGACGAGCCACACCCCUCCUCCAGAGCCUGGAGCCGCAGAUUGAAGUUGCCAACAGUUUCGCUCUGGUCGGUCUCGAUCGUCUGGAGAAGAACUUCCCGAUCCUGAACCAGUCCACAGACGAGGUGGUGGGCCACCUGAAGGACGCCCUCUUCCUGACGCUGGACGACGUGCAGCUGUGGGUGGUGGAUAACCUGGAUGGAGCUCUGGAUCAGUUGGAGCGUCUGGCCGAUGUGGGUCGGACGGCGGUUCGGCUGCUGCAGGAGUCCGAGGUGGGCCGAGCCGCCACGUCAGGACUGGACGACGUCCUGAGUCGUCUGGAGGAUGCCACUGCCUACUACCUGCCCCUCCCACCCACACUGCGUCGGGAGUGGGAGAUGAGGGUACAGGAGUACGAGGAUGAUGACGAGGAUGAUGAACCCAGCCUGUGGACGAGGGUUCGCAGUCUCCUGCUGAGCCUCAGCCUGCAGCUCUACCACCGCAUGAUGAAGGUCAGGGAGCAGCUGCUGAAAGCCGUCGGGACGCUGGGAGACGCCGCCGACAAGGUGGGUCUGGGCCAGGUCCUGGAGCUGGUCGGGGAUCUGCUGCAGUACCUGCAGAACCUCCUGGUGGCCCUGGUGUACCAGACUGAAAGUCUCAGAGAGCUGACCCUGAAUAGGGUCAAAAGCCAGGCAGCCAUGUUGGCGGAGCUGAGUCCAGUCCGUCAGGUCAGAGAGCUGCCAGUCCAGAUCCAACAGCUGCUCAGAGACCUGCAGGAGAUGUCCAAGAUCCUCCUGCAGCUGGUGAUCAAUGCCACGCCGCUCUACAACAUGCUGCAGCAGCCAUCUGAUCAGGAGGUCGAGGAGUUCCUGAACCAGGAGGACUUCACCUCCGACAGCUCGUCUCGUCGUAGCUCCGCUAACAGCCUCUUCCUGAAGGCGAUGGAUGGCCGUCCUCGCCGCCGCCGGAGUCUCUACUCCCGUGCUGCCCGAGGCUCCGGGGGCCCCCAUAGCCCCGACCCCCCCAACGGCCGGCGGAGCUCCAGCCUGAAGGACCUGCCAGUCCCACAGGUGGAAAGCCUGCCCGUCCCUUCCGACGGCGCCACCCUCCGUCGGCCGUCGGCCACCGAGCUGCUCUUGGCGCCGCUCAAACAGUUCGUGUCCCAGAGCCAGAAGGCCUUCGAAUACCUGAGCCCCAACUCCACCGAAGACACCGCCGACGCCACAGCAUCGGCCGACUGAGGCUCGACCCCGCCCCUGUUGGGCACCUGUGGCUGAUGUUGGCCCCGCCCCCUGACCAGUCACAGCCUCCAGUCUCCACCCCUGACGAUCAGCCGUCUCUACCUGAGCUGGUGUUGGUUGGUGCGUUUACGUUCAUUGACAGAGCCAUCGGGAAAUUGGUUUAAAUGUCAGAGAAAUUACAUGAGUUAAUUUCACUUUCAGAUUAUAGAAAAACUUAAUGAAAUGAAAUCAUACGUCAUUAAAAAGAAGAAAAAAACUCCUUUCAGACUUUCAGAGUCCAGCUUUAUAUUAAUUUGCAUAUAUUUUCAAUAUAAGUCUAUAUUAUAUUAUGUUGAGUAUAUGAUGUUUAUUCCAUAUUUACUUUAAAUCAACAACAUUGAGGAGAAAAACACAAAUCUCAGAAAAUACAUUAGUUGUUUAAACAACAUAUUCUCACUUACAUCUUUGACUUUUUCAAUCCUAACUUACAGAAAACUACUUCUUUCCACAUCUCACGGCCAUAAUCAGGAGAUGGAGUUUAUUUAUCCAUCCAGAUGUGACUGAAAGCUGAGAGAAUUUUUUUCUGAGAUGUUGUUUUUUGCUCUUCAGAGCCACUGUAUGGUUCAGAUUCCAGUGACGAAUGCUUGUUGUUCAGAGAAGUGGUGAAGGUGAAGGUUGCAGGUCUGAUUUUUGGCUCAAAGAAUGUUAAGAUUUCAGAUUAUAUAGAUUUGACUGUAUGUGUUAUUAAUAAGUCAAAAAAGCAAGAACUGGACCUUUAGAUUUGUUGUGUCUGAUGGUUAUUUGUGGCAACUGUGUGAUGAGCUUUGAAUGUUUCCAGAUGACACAAGCUUAAAAAUGUUAUUCAGAUGAUUAGUUUUUUUCUCUUUGUUUUUUUGUUGACAUCAGAGAAAAGUUUAAUCUCAUUUAUUCAGUUUACAUGCAGAAAAUCUGAAUCCAACAGUAAAAAUGUAAAAAUAUUUUUCCAACUUUCCCGACAAGUUGAAAUAAAGCUUCUCGGACUCUUUA